AUGACGCAGCAGCAGGCGCAGCAGAUGAUCAACAAGUUCCGCCAGUCGCGCGUGCAGGCCGAGUCGCAGGCAAAGAUGGCAGAGGCGGAGCUUCGGGAGACGAAGGCCUUCGAGGACCUGCUCCCAGACCUCAGCCAGAAGUGCACAGCAGCUGAGGAGGCCAUCGAGAAGGCGAUAGCCACCCACGAAGCCAUCGCUGCCUCCGGGGAAGCCACGAGCCAGGUCUCCUCGAGCGUCGAGGAAACCGAGGUGGCCGUGAGGGAGGCGGAGAAAGCAGCCAACGAGGCCAGCGUGCUGCUUCAGGCUAAGAUGAACCUCAUCCGCCGCUUCGAGUCGCCCAAGGUUCGGGACUACGCGUCCCAGGAGCUUCAGAAGAUGCAGCAGAAGCUGCAAUCUGCGCAGAGCAAGCUCCAGCCUUUGAAGUCCGUGCGCCAAGAGCUCGCCCAGAGGGUGGUGGCGCAGCAGGCGGUGAAACAAAUGGAAGAGAAGCUGGCUCCGCUCGAGCAGGACGUCACGGCUGCGGAGGAGUUAGCGGCCCCUGUGAGCAGCGGCGAAGCCACAGAGGAGCAACAGGCCGCCGCCGAGGAGGCGAUCCAGAAGGUGCAGGACCAGCUCGAAGCGCUCAAGCGCUUCUUUCAGAUGAAGAAGCACCUGGCCACAGCGGCCAAGGAGCUGGACGCUCCGGAGAAGCGUCUUACCGAGAUGGAGACCAAGCUGGCAGCGUUGCAGGACACGAAGCGCCAGAGUGGUGAGAGGCAGGCGCUGAAGGUCCUGGCGAAGGACGCCGACCAACGACUCCAUGUCUUGACGGAGGCACUGGAGAAGGUGGAGCAGCUGCAGGCCCCUUUCAGCAGCGAGGAGGAGCUGCCGGCAAGCAAGGCCUUGGAAUCCCUCCGUGUCGCCGAGGGCCCCGUGACUGCCUCCGGAACUGCUGCCUCGAUCGCCAAGAUCUUCCUGAUGGUGAAGAGUGUGGAGGUAAACAGCUUCUCGCCGCUGCUGGCGGCCGAAGGGCAAGCCAGGAUCAAGGAAUUCCAGAUCCAGCUGCAGGAGCUGGCGAAGCGCCUGGCGGACUUCAAAGCCAAGGCGGCCGAGAGAAAGAAACUGGCCUACACACAGGAAUCGGAGCGCUUGGUCAAGAAGUGCGAAGAUCUGGCGGUGCAGGUGGAGCAGGCUGUUUCUGGCCUCGCCGACGACUCCAAGCUGUCGUCCCUACCGACGGAGGAGAUUCGUCAAGCUCAGACGGCCGCUGCGAAGGCGGAAGACGAGGGCACCCUCGCGGUGCAUCAGGCCAAGUCUGCCCUUAUGCAGUGGCAGAAGGAGGAGAACGCUGCCGACUGCGCGCAGGCACACGCGGAGCUGCACGAGCGCGUGAAUAAUGCGCGGAGCGCCAUGACCAAGCAUGCGCGCGUGGCCCUCAGUGUGGACAAGCGGAUGGAAGCUUUGCAGAUGGUCGAAGAGAAAAUGGCGAAGAUGGCGGAGCUGGAAGCGCAGGCUGCGCAGCUGUCGGACAUCGUGGCGAAGGUCGGUGAAGCUGACGCCGAUGUGGGCCUGCUGCAGAAGGCGGAAGAAGCUGUCAAGAUCUUGCAGUGGGAGGUGCGGUCUCAGUCCAGACAUGUGGACAACCAGCUUCAAUCUCGGGACGAGGCCCAGCGCGACGUGGCCGAGAAGCUGCGGACUCGGCUCAGUCCGAUCCUCGAGCGCGUGGACGGCGCUCAGUCUGCCCUGAGGACACACGCAGAUCGCGCCUUGGUCAAGGCCUCUGGGGAGGAAGCCAACAAAGGAGUCGAGGACGUUGAGGCAUCCAUCAAGGCAGCUGUCGAAGCAGAGGAGGCUUUUCAGAAGGCGGCCUCGUCCUCCGAAUCCGAGGGUGCUACCGCCGCGCUGGCUGCGCUGGAGGCGGCCAUCAAGGUUGCGAAUAGCGCGAUCAACAGCACCAAGUCCAUGUUGGGAGUGAAGCGGCUAGAUCUGAAGCGCUUGUCUCCAGAUCUCACGGCCUCUACCCUCGAGGAGCUGGAUAGCCUUCAGAAGCGCCUGGACGAUGGCUCGACGAAGCUGGCGCAGAGCAAGAAGGUGGUGGCCGACCACCAGAGCGAGGUCCAGAAGAAGGAGCUCGAUGUGAAGCUGAAGGAAGCCACCGACCUCUGUGAGACCGCGCGGCAGAGCUGGGAAAAGAUCUCGGAGGACAUGCCCGCGGAGCGCAUGCGGACCGAAUGCCGACUCGCAGGCACGCACAUCAAGAAGGCCACGGACGCCGUAUCGCACCUCGACAGGCUCGUGGCAAGCCGAUAUGGCGAAAUCCGACGGCUACGCGAGUUGGAAUCAGACAACGCUGCCCUCGCGGAGAUGCAGGGCAUCAUGAAGCAAGUCGAGACAAUGAAGGCGGACCUGGACAAGCUCAGGGGACAGCUCCGUGAUGUUGAGCUGAAGAGCGCGGGACAGCGACUUGCGAAGGAGUCGGCGGAGCUUGUGGAGACGCUGGAGAAGAAGAUGGUGAGCGCCCCAUGUUCUACCGAUGGCGGGACUGUUUGGAGGGCCUCAGAGAUAGGAGGCGCUGAGGAGGCUUCCGUGCCCCUCUUCGACGACAGCGUCGAUCUCUCUGCCGCCGUUUUCCUGAAGAGCAUCAUCGAGGCUUGCCAAGAGAGCCUCAAGCGCACGAACGAGAGCACGGAAGCCCUCGUAGACAAGCUGACCCUUGCUGACGACAAGGAGAAGGUCUCGGAGGACAAGUUCAUCUCCUGCCUCGCCUCGCUGCCGGAGCUCCAGGCCAAGGAGGACGUGCCUCUCUACUCGGCCGAGGAAUUGAAGUCCGCCUACCGGUGCCUGAUGCCCCCACGAAGCGAAGAAACCCAGGUGCCGAAGGCAAAGCUCAUGGACGUCCUGAAGAAGAGGUACGUCUGCGUGCACCCGAUCACCAUCACGGAUAGCUUGGCCAUCAAGGGUGGCAAAACGGUGCGCCGCGUCUCCCCGAAUGAGGCUCUGGAAGCCCUGGCGGAGCCAGCAGAGGACACAGCCUCUGGCCUUCAGCGGGUUCGCGUUAAGGCGGAGAAGGAUGGUAAGGAGGGCUACGUCACCCUGCAGGCUAUCAAUGGCACCACUUUUGCACAGCCGUUCUCCUCCCACCAGGUCAUCACGCUCCGCGUCGAGUCGUCCAUCGAGGACAUGAGCGAGGCCCUGAACACCACGGCCAGACUACUGGACGCAAAGCUGCAUGCCACGAAAGGUUCGGGCCCAUCCUUGCCAGACUUCAAGGAGCUGCGGCCUCGAAUCGCUUCGGUCCAGAUGGGCCUCAACACGAUGAGGAAGAAGCUUUCCGAGACGAAGAGGCUGCUGCAAAGCAUCGAGCAGUCGGAGAGCAUGCGGAAGCAAGAGGCGCUCGACCGGCACGAAGCAGAAAAGAUGACCUCACACGCCAAGGCCCUCAUGGACGUGGUGCGGCCGAAGCUCGAGGAGGUGAUCCCGACUGCUGAAGCCUUGCUGGAGGCCGGCGUCACCACUGAGACCGCCGAGGCCCUGAUCAGCUCGGAGAAGGCGAUGCAGAGCCUCUACGAGGCCAUCGUCGACACGCGAAAACAGCUCGAGCAGGACAAGCAGACGGUGAGAUACGUGCGGCAUGGGCCCCUUCUCCAGGUGUGGGAUGUCGCGGCCGGAUAUCUCAACGAAAUUUGGACACCGGAGGAGAAAAGCCAGCAGCUGCUGCAGAUCCUGCAGGACAAGCGGAAGAAGCUGACGGCUGACGCCCAGAGGGCUGUGGCAAAUGCCAUCCGGGAGGCCGCACAGAAGGAUGGUCUCGGCGUCGAGGCUUUCUUCGAGAAGCUGCGCAAAGAGAAAGCCACAAUCCCGGUUCAGGAGCUCUCGAGCUACGUGGGCACUGCCUUGCAGGCCAGUGAGAUCCAACUCGGACUGGAGCGAUACGAGGCCAGCGGAUUUACGAAGCUCGGCCUCACCCUGCUGCUGCAGGACUACUUGAAGUGCAUCAAAGAAGUUGCCAUGACCGACUUGUUCGAUGUCAAGGAUGCCAAUGCAAAGACGGUGAAGAAGCUGUCUUUCGGUGACAUCUUAGAGGUCCUGGAGCCCGCGAAGAAUGACGAAGCCGGCAUGACCCGUUACCGCUGUCGCGCCUUGAGCGACCUCGCCGAAGGUUGGGUGUCGCUGAAGGGAAGCGCCGGGACCGCCUUCCUGGAAAGGUGUGCCAAGCCAUUCCUCUGCUGCCGGGAGGAGCUUUUGCUUCAGGGUGCCUUCGAGGCGACCAGUAAUGAGGCGGGCAAGCUGCACGCCGGGCAAGUCGUAGAAGUACUGGAGGGCCCCAGGAGGGAACCGGCCACGGAGUGCCUGCGGAUGAAAGGAAGGGCGGUGAAGGACGGAAAGGUUGGCUUCAUCACGGUCAAGGAUGCUGCCGGCAAUGACUUGAUCGAGUCCAUCAAGGUCCUUGUCUGCAGAAUGGGCACCACCCUGACGACAGAUCUUGACGUCAGCUCCAGCAAGACCGUGAGGAAGGUCGAGAUUGGUGAAGUCUUUGAGGCCUUAGAAUCGGCAAAAGAAGACGAGAAGCGCAAGUUGUCCCGCGUCAAAGUCAGGACUUGGAGGGACGACAAGGAAGGCUGGGUAACCCUCACCGGAAACUCAGGCACGACCUUCGUCGAGGAGAGCGAGCAGCAUCACAUAGUGAAGAAGACCCUUCCCCUGGAAGCUGGCUUCAAAAGUGGGAGCGCGCAGAUCCGGUUAUUGGAGGAGAAGGAGGUCUUCGAAAUGCUCGAAGCGCCCAAGACGGAGAAGAAGGAGGGCGACCAGCGAAUGCGCGGACGCCUCGCAGACAAGUCCGAAGGGUGGUUCACCCUGUCCAAGUUCCUGACCCCUUGGUCGCCGAGAUAUCGCUGUACCCGCAGCAUCGACCUCACGGAGAGCCUGGGCGCAGACGGCGCCGUCGUGAGAAAGCUCCACUCCGGCGAGCUGGUGGAAGCCUUGGAGCUACCCCACUUCGAUGACGCGCAAGGCGUCGUGAGAGUCAGGGUACGGGUGGAGAAGGACAACACCCUUGGCUAUGCGACCAUCCGGGAGCAGCAGGCUGUUUAUUUGGAGGCUUUGGCGCCUGAGAAGCCACGCGAGGGGUAA